GGGCCGUGCGGGCGAGGACGGGCGUCUGGGGAGCGGGGAGGAGGCGGCGGCGGCGCUCGCGCUCCAGGUCCUGGCCCCGCCCCUGGCGGCCCCGCGCGCCCCGUGACCCCGCCGCGCACUCCCUCCCGCCGGCCCCCGCCGCCGCCCCCGCGGCGACCACCGAGAGCCGGGGGCGGGGAAUGCGGCAGCCGCCGCCGCCUCCCCCCGCCUCUGCGGGCCUGCCGCCGACGGUGGUGGCGGCGGGCGGCCGCCGGGCCUCCUGCUGAGGGGCCGCCGAGCUCUGCCGCGGCGGCCUGCUCGGGGCGCUCGGCCCGGCCUGCCCCGGUUCGCCACGCCCGCCUCUCCCCCCCUCGCCCGAGCGGGCCGGGCUGGCAGGCACCAUGCAGGCGCAGCCGCUGCUCUACGAGUUCUUCAGCGAGGAGAACGCGCCCAAGUGGCGGGGGCUGCUGGUGCCGGCCCUCAAGAAGGUCCAGGUGCAAGUGCAUCCUAAGCUGUCCUCUACUGAAGAUGCUCUGCAGUAUGUGGAGGAGUUGAUUCUCCAGCUGUUAAAUAUGUUGUGUCAAGCUCAACCAAGGAGUUUCCUGGAUGUAGAGGAUCGUGUUCAGAAGAGCUUCCCCCACCCCAUUGAUAAAUGGGCAAUAGCUGAUGCCCAGUCUGCUAUUGAGAAGAGGAAAAGAAGGAACCCAUUAUCUCUCCCAGUAGAAAAAAUCCAUCCCUUACUAAAGGAAGUUCUGGGCUACAAAAUUGACCACCAAGUGUCUGUUUACAUCGUGGCAGUAUUAGAAUACAUCUCUGCAGACAUCUUAAAACUGGCUGGGAAUUAUGUGAGGAAUAUAAGGCACUAUGAGAUUACAAAACAGGAUAUCAAAGUGGCAAUGUGUGCUGAUAAGGUAUUAAUGGAUAUGUUUCACCAAGAUGUGGAAGAUUUAAGUACCCUGACUUUGUCUGAUGAGGAACCCUCCACCUCAGGGGAGCAAACCUAUUACGACCUAGUGAAGUCAUUUAUGGCAGAGGUUCGACAAUACAUAAGGGAACUAAACCUCAUCAUCAGAGUUUUUAGAGAGCCAUAUGCCUCCAACUCCAAGCUGUUUUCAUCUCAUGAUGUGGAAAACAUUUUUAGUCGUAUCUCAGACAUCCAUGAGCUCAGUGUGAAGUUGCUGGGUCACAUAGAAGACACUGUUGAAAUGACAGAUGAAGGGAGUCCUCAUCCACUAGUAGGCAGCUGUUUUGAAGACAUGGCAGAGGAGCUGGCCUUCGAUCCCUACGAGUCCUACGCGCAGGACAUUCUGCGGCCCGGCUUCCACGACCAUUUCCUCAGCCAGUUAUCCAAGCCAGGAGCUGCAUUCUAUUUACAGUCAAUAGGUGAAGGCUUUAAGGAAGCUGUUCAGUAUGUCCUGCCCCGGCUGCUCCUUGCUCCUGUUUACCACUGCCUUCACUAUUUUGAGCUGCUAAAACAAUUAGAAGAAAAGAGUGAGGAUGAAGAGGAUAAGGAGUGCUUGAAGCAAGCAAUAACUGCCCUGCUGAAUCUUCAGAGCAGCAUGGAACGGAUAUGCUCCAAAAGCCUCGCGAAACGAAGGCUGAGCGAGUCCGCCUGCCGCUUCUACACGCAGCAGAUGAAGGGGAAGCAGCUGGCCAUCAAGAAGAUGAAUGAAAUCCAGAAGAACAUCGAUGGCUGGGAGGGGAAGGACAUUGGGCAGUGCUGCAACGAGUUCAUCAUGGAAGGCACCCUGACCAGGGUGGGAGCCAAGCACGAGAGGCACAUCUUCCUUUUCGACGGUUUGAUGAUCUGCUGCAAGUCCAACCACGGCCAGCCCCGGCUGCCCGGCGCCAGCAACGCCGAGUACCGGCUGAAGGAGAAGUUCUUCAUGAGAAAGGUGCAGAUCAACGACAAGGAUGACACUAAUGAGUACAGGCACGCCUUUGAGAUCAUCCUGAAGGACGAGAACAGCGUGGUCUUCGCCGCCAAGUCGGCCGAGGAGAAGAACAACUGGAUGGCGGCGCUGAUAUCGCUGCAGUACCGCAGCACCCUGGAGCGGAUGCUGGACGUGACGAUGCUGCAGGAGGAAAAAGAGGAGCAGAUGAAAUUCCCCAACCCUGAGCUGUACAGGUUUGCAGAGCCUGACUCUGAGGAGAACAUUGUGUUUGAGGAGAACAUGCAGCCCAAGUCUGGGAUCCCCAUCAUCAAGGCAGGGACUGUGGUCAAGCUGAUCGAGAGGCUGACUUACCACAUGUACGCAGAUCCCAACUUUGUUCGGACUUUCCUCACAACGUACAGAUCCUUCUGUAAGCCUCAGGAGCUGCUGAGUCUGCUCAUAGAAAGGUUUGAAAUCCCAGAGCCUGAGCCAACAGAAGCCGACCGCAUCGCGAUGGAGAACGGAGACCAACCUUUUAGUGCUGAGCUGAAGAAGUUCAGGAAGGAGUACAUCCAGCCUGUGCAGCUGAGGGUGUUGAAUGUCUGCAGGCACUGGGUAGAACAUCACUUCUAUGACUUUGAGAGAGAUGCUGACCUGCUGCAGCGUCUGGAGGAGUUCAUUGGAACAGUAAGAGGCAAAGCCAUGAAGAAAUGGGUUGAGUCCAUCACCAAGAUCAUCAACAGGAAGAAGCAAGCACAAGCCAUUGGGCCCAGCCACAACAUCACCUUUGAGAGCCCUCCCCCAGCCAUUGAGUGGCACAUCAGCAAGCCAGGACACACUGAGACCUUUGACUUGCUCACCUUGCAUCCCAUCGAGAUUGCUCGGCAGCUCACUUUGCUCGAGUCAGACUUCUACAGAGCUGUGCAGCCCUCCGAGCUGGUUGGAAGCGUGUGGACGAAGGAAGACAAGGAAAUUAACUCCCCCAACCUGCUUAAAAUGAUCAGGCAUACAACCAACCUCACUCUCUGGUUUGAAAAAUGCAUUGUAGAAACAGAAAACCUAGAGGAGAGAGUAAUUGUAGUGAGCCGGAUAAUCGAGAUCCUGCAAGUUUUCCAAGAGCUAAACAACUUUAAUGGUGUCCUGGAGAUUGUCAGUGCUAUGAACUCUGCAGCAGUGUACAGGCUGGAUCACACAUUUGAGCAAAUCCCAAGUCGCCAGAAGAAGAUCUUAGAAGAAGCUUAUGAGCUGAGUGAGGAUCAUUACAAGAAGUACUUGGCAAAACUCAGGUCCAUUAAUCCUCCUUGUGUGCCUUUUUUUGGGAUUUACUUAACUAACAUUCUGAAGACAGAAGAAGGCAACCCUGAAUUCUUAAAGCGCCAUGGGAAAGAGCUGAUAAACUUCAGUAAGAGAAGAAAGGUGGCUGAGAUAACAGGAGAGAUACAGCAGUACCAGAACCAGCCCUAUUGUUUAAGAGUGGAGUUUGACAUCAGAAGGUUUUUUGAGAACCUGAAUCCCAUGGGGAGCAGCAUGGAGACGGAGUUCACCGACUACCUGUUCAACAAGUCCCUCGAGAUAGAGCCCCGCAACGUCAAGCCUCCACCAAGAUUUCCCAAAAAGUACAGCUACCCCCUGAAGUCUCCAGGGGUUCGUCCCUCUAACCCGAGGCCAGGUACCAUGAGGCAUCCCACCCCUCUGCAGCAGGAGCCACGGAAGAUCAGCUACAGCCGCAUCCCGGAGAGCGAGAGCGAAGCUACGGCCUCGGCACCCAACUCCCCCCGCACCCCCCUCACCCCUCCCCCUGCUUCUGCUACUUCAAGUACCACAGAUGCCUGCAGUGUUUUUGACUCAGAUCCUUCCAGCCCCUUUCAUGCAAGAUCUGCUUCUGUGUCAUCCAUAAACUUUACCAAAAAUUCAGAUGAAGCUCAUGUCCCCCCUCCAGUUCCUCCAAGAAGAAGACCAGAGUCUGCCCCAGCUGAAUCCUCCCCAUCCAAAAUGGCUUCUGCACACCUGGACAGCCCACCAGCAAUCCCUCCUAGGCAGCCGACCUCGAAGGUGUACUCCCCAAGGUACUCAGUGCCUGACCGGACCUGCAUCCCCGACCCCCCCGAGAGCCCGCCGGUGUUGCCGCCCCGGGAGCCCGUGCGAACUCCGGACGUGUUCUCUAGCUCACCACUACACCUCCAACCUCCGCCCCUGGGCAGAAAAAGCGAACUGGGCAACGCCUUUUUCCCCAACAGCCCUUCUCCCUUCACCCCUCCCCCACCUCAGACGCCUUCUCCGCACGUGGCGCGGAGGCACCUCCCGUCGCCGCCGCUGCCGCCGCCGCCGCCGCCGCCGCCGCCGCCGGAGGCCGAGCCGCCUCCCGUGGCCGGCCCGCCCGUCCCUCCGCGCCAGAGCACUUCUCAACAUAUCCCAAAGCUGCCUCCCAAGACUUACAAGCGGGAGCACACGCACCCCUCGAUGCACCGCGACGGGCCGCCGCUGCUGGAGAACGCCCACUCCUCCUGAGCCGCCCCGCGCCCGCCGGCCCCCGCGGCCCCACGCUGGUGCUACGUCUGUUGCUGGCAAUGGAUGCACUGAACACCCCCUC